AUGGUGGAUGACAGUUGAAAAGAGAGAAACUGCACUGAGAACCGAUGAAACCGAUAAUAAUUUGAUACAAUGUCGAACUCUUGGUCUUCUGGGAACCAACACGAACAGAUGUAGCUGUUUGAUAUAUUGGUGUUGUACUGGCAUUAUCUCAGUGGCGGUGGAAUGGAGAAACUAACGCUUGUCUCUGGUUUCUUUUUCCUGGUCGCCAAUCUGUUUGCCAUCGCCAGUCUCUCCAACCCAGAAUGGAUUGUCACCGAUGUAGCAGGGAGCAUGAGGUUGGGUUUGACACAGCAAUGUCAGAGGGUUCAAGGCAGACCAGAAAUUUGUAUAUCCCCAAGACUUUCUACAGAAUGGAUGCUGACUUUCAUAUUUAUAGUUGGAGGCAUUAUCUGUUUGACUGUUACAUGUCUGUUGCUGAUGAUAUCACUGUGGCACCAUAGCGCCUUGAAACAUGCCAGAUGGCUGGCAUUCAUUGGAAUGACGCUUUUCUGCUUGGCUGCAAUCAUAUUCCCCAUUGGGUUUCACAUGGAUGAAAUUGGAGGAAAACCAUACAAGUUGCCCAGUCAUACACAAGUUGGAUCUUCCUAUGUUUUGUUCAUAAUGGCUAUAUUUUUUACAAUCAUUUCUGAGUUAUUUUCUGGGAAAGUUUGUCUCCCAGUUUUUUAAAGUCUCAAAACAGAUGAAUGUUUUGUGUAGAUUGUUCUUAAUUUUAUGCUGAACUGUUGUUUCUUACAUCUACAUUUGUGAACUUUAUAAUGUGCAUGUACAUUAAAACUUGUGAAAUAU